AUGUCGAUCCGUGUGGAGGUCGCUUUGCUGAGCGGGAGGAGCGCCACCCUGGAGGUGGAACCUGACUCCUCCAUAGACUCCCUCAAGAAGCGCGCGGAGAGGGAGCUGGGCGUGGCUGGUAAGUUGGUGACGAGCGCCGGAGUUGGGUUGAAAGGGGAGGCUUCGAUCGCCGAGGUGGGCUUGCAGAACGAAGAGGUCCUGAGCCUGCACUGCAGGCCCGUGGAAGUGGCUUCGGCGCGCUUGGGUGCUUUUGCUGCAAUCCUCGGCGACGGCUCCGUCGUUGCAUGGGGGAUCCCGGGAAGCGAACACUUCGGCGCGGACAGUAGCUGCGUUCAGGAGCAGCUGCAAGAUGUUCAGCACAUCCAAGCAAGCGAUUGCGCCUUUGCCGCCAUUCGUAGCGACGGUCGUGUUGUGUCUUGGGGCCACCCCAAGGGAGGCGGUGACAGCAGCGCCGUCACUGACCAGCUGCGGAAGGUGCAGGCCAUCCAAGCUGCCGAGCGUGCCUUUGCAGCCAUCUGCCGCGACGGCCGCGUUGUGACUUGGGGCCACCCCCAGCGGGGCGGCGACAGCAGCGCUGUGCAGGAGCAGCUGCAAGACGUGAAAUGCAUCCAAGCCUCCAUGAGCGCGUUUGCUGCCAUCCUCGGAGACGGCUCGGUGGUCACCUGGGGCGACCCGAUCCGGGGAGGUGACAGCAGGGCUGUCAGGGAGCAGCUUGCCGACAUUCAGGAGACUGUUGCCGAGUUCCUGGGUUGCAGGACGUGGUUCAUAUCCAAGCCUCCCAGACUGCCUUUGCUGCUCUUCGUGGCGAUGGCUCUGUGGUGA